UACGUUUAAAAAAGAAACAAACAAUAUUAAUAGACUAAACAGAUUAAAGUAGUGUGAUUUUUACUAGUACAAAACUAAUGUCAAGAUUUUUCGGAACAACACAAGCCGAAUUACAAGUAGGCGCUGACCCCUGAACUCGGUGACGAUAGCUAGUGUCACUUUCAACACUGGUCGAUAUGGCAUACUACCAAAACAUUGUUGUAUCAACAACAUAGUGUCGGAGUCGAAUUGUAUAUAUUUUAAAUUAUAUUUAUAUUUUAUAAGCACAAUUGCAUGAAAAUACUUAAAGGAAAUGAGCGCUCCACAAGAACAUAAGGAGACGCCUUUGGAGGUGAUCCAUGAGUUCAUCAACGACGUAGAUGAUGGGUCCAUACGCCGCGACCUGGGGGAGGACUGCAUCCUCAGCUUCUACAGUCGAAAUGUGCGUGGCGCCAAGGCAGUCACCGGAUUUCUGAGGAACCAGUUGACAAUGCGCUACAAGCACGAGGGAUUCGAGGAAGCAGCGCAAAUUGAGUGGGGCGACGAGCUUCUCCUAAAGGCGCGCUUCGGCAGAUCGUUUGACUUGGAACGUCGUCGCAUCUACGAGGAGAAGGAGCGCACAGGCACCACUCUGCAUGUGCAUCCAGAGAGCGAUGACGAGGAAGUAAAUAAAGAGUUUUCCUCAACCCUGAUCACGCCUCCCCGUCCGUCGAGCUACAAUUUGAACUCACUGAAGUAUGUGGAGGCGUGUGGCCUGUUGAACAAGCGUAAUGAACAUGUCUACGGCGGCCUUGACAUGGGCGAAUCAUGCGCCGUCCACCUCACUUUGGGCUAUCGGAGCACCUUGCUGCCCGGCGGUAAAGUGAGCGGCUUUGAAAUCUGCCUGGCUGUCUACGAUCGGGGUCUGAAAAACCUUAAACGAUCCACUCUAACUUCGCCACUGUGCAGCUUUUCCUUUGCACGACGGGCCAGCGCCCGAUGUAAUCCCACCACCGAUGAUGAGGGGGAUACUGAGGAGGAUUUACCGCCGCCAACAGCGAGGCGCUGCGUGCGUCGUACUUUAUUUACAGAGGAGAACACUCAGAAAGAAGAGGAUCCCGAUUCCAUACCCCUGGAAGAGCAGCAGCCAGCACCGCAGCAGCAGACAGCACCGCAGCAGCAGACAGCACUGCAGCAGCAGGCAGCACCGCAGCAGCAGACAGCACCGCAGCAGGUUGAGGAGACUGGUGAGGUAGUAGAUCUAUCCACACCCUUGAAGACCACAAAUUUAUGCAGCUAUACAUCGAGGAAACGACAACAGACAAUCCAUUGCAACGAAGUAGAGCGAAAACGCGUGACGGGACCAAGGCGGAUGCGUUUCUAGUUGCUUUUCCAAAUCAACGUAGCACAAUUCUUUUUUUUGGCUUUCGAGGAUACCCGACAAAUUUCCGUAAUUAUUUGAACAAGACUGAUUGCACCCGUUUUGGUCCCGCUUCCAGGGACCCCGCGUCGCGCUAGGCUAAACCACAAUAUGUAUUGUAUUACAUAAUCCCCUAUAUUUAUUUGUGUAUUAAAGUUCAAUGUUUAUUUAAGCCAA